AUGUACACUCACAGUAAGGUGGUGGGCUCCAGGCUUGGGGCCACCCCUGCCCCGCGACCCGACCCGGACCCCUCUGCGCGACGCCAGGAGCUGGACCCCCUGCGGGCCCAGAAGCUGGGCUCCGAGGCCGAGAACCCCUGGAGAGAGAGCUCCAAGUUCACUGGCCAGGGACCCCAGCACACUGGAGCAUAUACCUUGAUAACACCAAAUGAAACCCGGAGACGCAAGCUACAAAGGAUUGCUGAGAAGGAGCUGAAAGACCUGGAGGAAUGGAAGGAACAAAACAGAGCUAAGCCACUUAACCUGGUGCCAAGACGGCUAGGUGGAAGCCAAUCAGAAGCUGAAGUGAGGCAGAAACAACAACUCCAACUGAUGCAAUCUAAAUACCAGCAAAAGCUAAAAAGGGAAGAAUCUGUAAGACUGAAGAAGGCAGCUGAGGAAGCUGAUAUCCAAAAAAUGAAGGCCAUUCAGCGAGAGAAGAGCAACAAACUAGAAGAGAAAAAGAGUCUUCAAGACAAACUCAGAAGAGACGCGUUUAGAGAGCAUCACCAAUACAAAACUGCUGAAUUCUUGAGCCAACUGGACACAGAGUUCCCCAACCGAAGCGCCUGGCCAAUCGCUCCUCGGGACCCACAACCCUCAACAUGGAAACUUCCAGUCCUGGCCAAGGAGAGCACCUGGGCCAGAAGCCAGGCUUACAAAGAUUCUCUGAAGGAAGAAGAAAGCCGAAAUUUGCAAAAAAUGAAGGCUGAACAACGCCGGAAGAGUGAAUUAUUGGAACUUAAACGACAGCAACAAGAAGAAGAAAGAGCCCAAAGCCAACACACUGAACAUAGGAGGGUAAAUAAUGCUUUCCUGGACCGACUCCAAGGCGCAAGUCGACCAGGUGGCCUCGAGCAGUCUGGAGGCUAUUGGAAUAUGAAUCGUGGAAACAGCUGGGGGAUGUGAGGGACACUGACUUCCGCCUGGCCUUCACCAAGUGCCCUCAACACACCUCAAAGAGAGGCCUUUCCUGUGUGUGGUUUUUGUUCGGCCUUCUGGUGCUUGCUUUGUCUUCGGCUGCCCCAGUUCAACUCCUCUUGUCCGCAGUGCAUGUGUCUUUGCGAGAGCGGGUUCCUGCACUCAUAUGGAAUCUCUACAGCCAGCAUGUGUCACACCGUUUUUCUAAUCACCUCGACCAGUGCCUGCAAGCGGCAUCCCAACCACUGUGAGGGUGGUAGAGAAGGAGAAGGGACCCCUUUGGUCCCUUCAGAGCAGCGAGAGCUGGGCGCCCAAAGGCUGACACUUGUCUACUCCUCAGGUCAGGUUUGGGGAAGGGUGAAGGUCUACAGAUGUUUAAUUUUUGUCUUCUUAAUCCAGUGUCCAUGCACAAGCAAAGGGAAACUGAAUCUUUUAUAUGUACUCUUUGAAUCAGAUGGAUCAAUAAAUUUGGAGGCUAGUCCCAUAGAA